AUGGGAGAACCGGACGACCCGAAGGAGGAGUUGGAGUUCUACUUCAAGCUGGCAAACCCGCUGGCGCUGAGCCUGCCCGAUGCCGAUGAGAAGGCGCGCGCUGCGGCGUGGCUGCGCCGGCUGGGCGAGGAGGAGGCGGGCCCGCUGCGCAUGCGCGCCGACUACCUGCGCCUGCUGGUGUUCGCGCUGCAGCGGCGCCGGCUGGUGGGCGUGUUCGCGGCGCCGCCCGACGCCUCGCAGCCGCUGCAGCCCUUCCAGGAUGGCGCCUCGCUGACGGAGAUGAUGCGGCGCCUGGGCACGGAGGCGGCGGCGGAGCGCGGCGCGGGCGACCGGCCCGGCGUCUCGUCGAUGCUGGCGCACGACCUCAAGCACUUCCUGGCCGUGCAGCCGCUGCCGCACGACCGCGGCGCCCACUGCUACAUGGCGCUCAGCCCGGACCCCUACCCCAACUGGGCCACCAAGGCGAGUACCGCCGCGAGCAGGAGGUUACUGGCAGCUGCCGCCACGUGCAGACUUUGCCGCCUGACCCGCCCCCGCCCCGGCCUUCGUUCGCAGCCGGCCCCCAAGGAGCGCAGCCGGCGGCGCUCGGCCCCCGGCCAGCUGCAGCCGUGCCCCUGCUCGCCCGACUCGCCGGCCCCGCGCCCGCCGCUGGCCAGCUCCACGCCCUGCGACUGCCGCCCCCCGGCGCCGCCGCCGGUGCGCGUCGUGUGCCCGGCCGCCUCCGUCUCCGCCCCCGCGGCGAACCCGUGCGAGUGCGCGCCGUCGCCGGCGCAGCCGUGCCGCUGCUCGCCGCCCAUCAUCACGCCCUGCCCGGGCGCCUACGAGUCCUCGUCCUACGAGCUGGACGACGAGGACACGGACCAGAUGGUCUUCUCCUGGAUGGACAAGCCGGCCGUCAGCGCCGCUGCCCAGGACGCGGCUCUGCGCGCUCUCUCCGACGCGUGCGACGACUCCAGCGUCCGUUUUGCGCCGCUGUGGAAGUCAGAAGAGUCCGGCUUCGAGCCCAUGGAGUGGGACUCGUACCACAAGGCUCAUUUCCGGCCGAACAGGGCCGCCGAGUACCGAGGUGGCCCCGUGUACACGACGGCGAGCCGCAUGGCGGUGCGGCGGUCGGCGGAGCGGCUGGCCGACGGCUCGGUGGUGGCGACGGAGGAGCGCACGACGGCGGGCGCCGCGGCGCGCGUCUCGCCGCCCCCGGCCGGCUCGUGCCCCGCCGUGACGCCGCCGCGCAGCACCGGCGCCGCCGUCGGCACCGCGACGCGCCGCGUCACGUGGACGCCGCCGCCCGCCACCUCCACGCCGUGCGAGUGCGCGCCCGCCUCCCGCCGCCUCGCGCUGCCCUACUCGCCGCCCUCGCCCGUCGGCGCCGGCUCGCCCUGCCGCCGCAUCAGAUACGACGCUAGGAAAGAAAGAGCAGGGAGUGAGGCGACGUGUGCACCUCCCGUCCACAGGACUAGGAGCCCGACGUGCAGCAUGACGCCGGACAGCCUGGAGACUUCGCGCGCCCUCCGCAGCGCGUCGCUGCGGUCGCCGCGACGCAGCCUCUCCGCCGAGAGCAUUGUGCCGUGCCCCGCCAGUGGGCGGCAGUUGGACAGCGUGUCGCCGCCCUCGGCUCUGCGCUUCAGCGGCAGCGCCGGCCUCUCCAGGAGCCCGCGAGGCGGCAUCGACAGCAUGAGCCCGCCCUCUGCACUGCGCUUCUCUGGCAGCGGCGGCCUGUCCCGCGAGAUACCCUGCCCCUCAUACAGGUUUCAAGAUCUGGCACACGUGUUCUGUAGACCUCGUCCUUGA